UCAAUGUUAGUGAUUUAAAAAAAAAAAAAAAAAAAAACAGCUCUUGUUUCUUUGUGUUUUGUUUUGUUUUUGUUUUUUUUUGCCAACUAUUUAUAUAUUUAUUUCCUAUUUUAUUUUCUUCUCUGACAUUUAUUAUUGCCUGUGUCUGCUUUUUUUGUUUAAUUUCAUAUUUUUUGUACUGGGGAUUGAACUCAGGGGUAUCUAACCACCAAGCCACAUUCCCAAUCCUCAUAUUUCUUUUUUACUAUAUCUUACUCAUUUUCUGAUUGGUUUCGUUUGGAUCUGGACUGUCCCCCAAGGUCUGUGUGUUGAAGACUGGUCCCCAGCUGGUGGUGCUCUGGGGAGGUGGUGGACACCUAGAGAGGCAAGGCCUGCUGGAGGAGGUGGCCUCUGGGCAUGUCCUGGAAGGUUCAUCUUAUUCUGAGCUCCCUCUCCUGUUGCUGCUUCCUGGCAGCCAUGAGCUGACUGCUGUCCUCCACCAAGCCCUUGUGCCAUGUUGUCCUGCCUCACCUGAGGCCAGAGCAAGGGAGGCACCAACGGAGACCUCUGAAACCAUGACCCCAAAUAAAUCUUUCCUUCUUUAAGUUGAUUUUAUUAGGACCAUCCCCUGCCAUGUUGUGGGGGAUUGAACCCGUGCCCCCCACAUGCUAAGGAAAGGGUCUCCCAGACCUGCAUCCCAAGCCUGAUCGUCCCAGGCUUUGCCACGAGACAGAAAGCUGACUAACAGACACCAUUCUCUAAACUGUUGGAAAGUGAUUCUCUUUGUGUGUCCUUUAGAAGGUCUCUAUUUCUGCCCUCCAGCCCACUGAUCAUAGCACUUAUGCUACAUAACCCACCGCUGACCUUCUCCAGAGGGUCCUCCAGCCCCACUCUUAGCACCUAUAAUAUGCAAUCCUCCUUCCUCUCAGGCUUUCUGUAAGACUUUGGGUGAGCCUCAGGAUUGUGGAUUCAUUUCUAAGUUUGGUUGUGCUUCUUAGUGCCUUUUAGGCUUCUGUGUGACUUCUUGUUUUCAUGGAAUACAGCCAUUAUAUGUUUUAAUGUCCUACAGCCAUGAUAUGUUUUAAUGUCCUUGUUUGCUCAUUUUGACAAUGAAGUCAGUUGCAGGUGAUUUGUCCUUGUUUGGGGAUGGGAGCUUUUGCUUCUUUACCUGUCUAGUUUCUUUGAACCGAUGCCAGGCAUUGUGAAUUUUACCUCACUGGGUGCUGUAUAUAUAUUUUUUAAUUCCUACAGAUCUUCCUGAAUUUAAUCUGAAUUCAUUUGUGUGGCUUGACUCCAGUUAAGUCUUUUCAGGUCUUGCUUCUGUGGUUUUCUAGAUGGUGAGGGUGCAGUCUGGUCUAGUGAUGACUGGUUCUCAUCACUGAGAGUGUCGGGUACACCUGCCACUCUCCUGUGGGCAUGGAACCUUUCCCACCUGCCUGUUGUGAACGGGACUCUCACACCUGUUGUGAGUACCGGGUGGCUUUCCACUUCAUUCUCCUGGGAUUUUCUCUUCAUCCUUGGGUGGUUUUGUCACAUGCUUAUGUGACAAACUCUAGGCUGAGAACACAAAGGUGCCCUCUCCGGUCCUCCAGGGUUCUCUCUGUCCUUCUCUUGUGUCUGGUGCCCUCUCCUGAGAACCUGACCACCAUGGCCGUCCUGCUAUCCCUUCUCUUCUGUCAGCCUCCUCCAACUGCCCUGGAGCUGCGUUCUGCUGUGCUGUGUCCUGGGAGUCGCUCAGUGGUGGCCACCUCCACUCCUUCCCUGUCUCUCUGGGAUCCAGCAUUCACUGCCUGAUGUUUGGUCUUAAACACCAGCUUCCUGUAUUAAAUUUUGGGUGGGAGUUGUUUCAGGUGGAAGGUCAUUCUGGUCCUGUUAAUACAACUUGGCUUUAUUGUUUUAUUUUAAAAAAUCAAAAUAAAAGCAGCACUUUCUUUCUUAAAAGUGCGUGCACCCAGCACAUAGUACGUCCACAUUUCUUUUCUGAGCAUCUCUUUUCCUUCCCAUAGGGGGUCUUUCUUCUGACUCACAUUCUAGUUCAUGGAUUCUCUUCAUCUGGGCCUCAACUGUUGUUAAAACCAUUCAGUGGUUUCUGAAUUUUGGGUUUUGGGCUUUUCAUUUCUAUAAUUUCUAUGAUGAUUCUUUUCACAUUCUCCUUGGUCAAAUUUACAGCUUCCAGUCAAUGCAAACAGUCGACAAGCCUUUGACCCCCUUGAGCCUACCCAUAGUCAGCAUCCUUCUUUCAUGUUUUCUGGCUGGUGAUCCAGGCAUUGGGAUUUCUUGUGUCUGUUUUCCUGCUGGUUCUCUGUCAUGGUGCACAUCUCGUGCUUCUUUCUGGCCAUCUUUGCUUGUGUGCUGGAAAAGAGGUCAGGUUUCACUUGUAGAAACAAGUGAAACAUCCUUAGCCUCAUGGACAAUGCUCUCAUUGCCCUAAGAGGAGCUCACUGGGCUUUUUUCCAGGUGCAUGGGCACACCAGCCACUUGGAGUUACCUUUGGUUGCCUUCAGGGCUUGAGAACUUGAGAUUUUCCAGGUUCAAGGUUUGAGUACCCAGUUGAUUCAGAGUUGGGCUGUGGCCAUUAAAGGACUGAUUUACCUAGGAUUCACCCUUAUUUAUGGGGAGCAUCCCUUUUUAUUUCAGCCGGAAGCAGGUGUGGUUGACCACAGUUCACCCCUUGCUGGGUCCUGACUCCUAUUUUGUUUCAGUAGCCUCAAAAGGACAGACCCCUUUGCCGCCGUUUCUGCAAGGGCAGCACCCACUCAGAUGGGGCGGGUCAUUGUCUCCUUGCUCCCCAGAUCUCACUGUUCUGGUGAGUCCUUACCGCAUUAUAAGUGUCUCCUGCUUCUGGAGAUGGCUUUAUGUUUUGUCAUUGUUUUGGUCUGGAUAUGAAGUGACCCCAAGGAAGGCUUGUUCUCCUGCUGGUGGCACUCUUCAGAAGUGGUAGGAACUUUAGGGGACAUGUGACCUUGAAGGCACUAGCUUGCCCUUGGCCCUUUCCUUUCUCUUUCUUUGCUUCCUAGCUAUCAUGAUGUGAGCAACUCUGCUCCACCAUGUGUCCCCUGCCAUGACAAAGAUUCAAAGCCACAGGACCAAGUGACCGUAGAUUGAAAUCUCUGAAACCAUGAUCCAAAAGGAAUCUUUCCUUUUUAAAGUUGAUUUUCUCAGGUAGUCUGUCACAGUGAUGGAAAGUGGAUUAACACACCACUGCAAUUAGAUAUCGAAGCUCCAUAUCUAUCAGGAUUUAAUUCUGGGUUUCAUUCCUAUAAUAAACUGAAUAUUUGUGUUUUCCCCAAAUUCAUAGGUUGAAUUCCUAACUCCCUGUGUGAUGGUAUCCAGAAAUGGGGUCUUGAGGAGGGGAUUAAGUCAUAAUCCUCACCCUGUCUGUACCAUGUGAGGUCAGCACCAGCAGGCAGUAGUCUGUAGCCCAGGAGGGCCCUCCCCAGUCCCUGACCAUGCUGGAUCCCCAACCUUGGGCUUCUAGCCUUCAAAAUAUGCAGAAUAAAUUUCUGUUGUUGACAUGCCCUCCAGUCUCUGGUAUUUUGUCAUAGCAACUUGAACUGAUAAAGAUAAUUCCAUUAUCUGUCCCAGCCUAUGCCCCCCUGAUGUUUUAAUUACUGCAGAAUCAUAAUAAAAUUUGGUGUCUUGUAGGGAAAUUUAUCUGCCUUAUUCUUCUUAAAUUUUUACCCUUCCACAUGAAUUAUUAAUUUUUUUAUACUAGGGAUUGGGCACUCAGCCACUGAUCCACAUCCCCAGUCCUUUCAUUUUUCAUACAUUUUUUAUCUUGAGAGAGGGUCUCACUAAGUUGCAGAGGGUGGUUUUGAACUUGAGAUUCUCCUGCCUCACCCUCCCCAGUCACUGCUGGGGUUACUGGCCUGCACCACUGCACCCAACAUGAAUUAUAACUUUUAAAACCAGCUUGUAGAGUACAUUUAAAGACCAUGCCAGGAUUUUGUUUGGAAUUGCCCUAAUUUUUCUCAUUUUUGUUAUGUAAUUCUUUGGAAUCCUGUAUCUUGAUGAUAACAAGACUUGUCAAAACUAGCUGGGAUGAGUAUAUUUUACUGUGUGUAAAUGAAGCCUCAAUUUAAAAAAAUAAAAGGUUUUCACAGGGUAUUGCACAGGUGUGAGAGACAAUGAUUCAACCAAAUUGAGUUGGCCAAGGAGAAAGCUGGGGAUACCAGGCUGGGUAAGAAGUUCUCAGAGCUGGAAGAUCGAGGUGUGACUAUGGGAUGGAAUGCCACACCUACAAGAGUUGGGCUGGGUACUCUGUCACAUGCCUAGAGUGGGCGCCAUCACGUGUCCUGCUGGGGCUGCAGUCAUUGGUGGGAGCUUGUUCUGCUGGGCCUGCAGUCAUUGGUGGGAGCAUGUCCUGCUGGGGGCGCCAUCAGGUAUCCAGGGCUCAGGCGCUGUCACGUGUCCGGCUGGCGCGCCCUCACCGGCUGGGGGCGCUGUCACCUGCAACUACAUACUCACCUGCUGCGGAGGCUCCUCCAUGGCCGCCCCCGCAUCCGGCCUGGGCGCAUCCCGACGCGCUGCCCUGGGGUUCCUGCUGCUAGUGCUUCUGCUCCUGCAGACGCCCCUGGCCCGGGCCACCGCCGCGGCCCACCAACACCUUAAGAGCUCCGGGAACUCCCUGAGCAGUGCUGUGGCCUGUGGCCGGCGCGCGGUGCAGGGCAAGAUCCUGGGCGGUGUGUCCGCGCCCCCGGGGAAGUGGCCAUGGCAGGUCAGCGUGCAGUAUGCCGGCUUCCACGUGUGCGGGGGCUCCAUCCUCAACGAGUACUGGGUGCUGUCGGCCGCGCACUGCUUCGGCAGGGACAAGAGCAUCCAGAUCUUUGACAUGUACGUGGGCAUCGUCAACCUCCUGGUGGCCAAUGAGCACACCCAGUGGUUCGAGGUAAACCAGGUGAUUCUGCACCCCGACUACGAAAGGUUCCACCCCGUGGGGGGUGACGUGGCUCUGGUGCAGCUGAAGACCCGAAUUGUGUUUUCCGACGCCGUCCUUCCGGUCUGCCUGGCACCUCCUGAUGUGAACCUCACCAACCUUUUUUGCUGGGCCACUGGGUGGGGAGUGGUCACGCAGCAAGGUAGGCACAAGGGCAGCUCACGCUGAAGCCGGCACAUUUCUUCUCCCAGGUGGGCUGUGUUCCUUGCGGGCUGAGGCUCUGUUGUCCCUGCCUCCUGCCCACCAGGAACUCACCCAGCUGCCCCUCUCCGAACCAUACAGGUCACACCACGGAUGAGCUGCAGGAGGUCCAGCUGCCGCUGGUCUCCAAGGCCCUGUGUGCACUGCUGUACAGACACUCGUCCUAUAUCCUGCCAGACAUGCUGUGUGCUGGGGACCUCUUUAAUGUGAGGACUGUGUGUGAGGUAUGCCCCCACCGGAAGGAUUGGAGUUGGGGCUGGGCAGGGACCCUGGGAUGGCUGUGUGCUGAUGAUGGUGCAUGAAUACUUCAUACCUGCCUUAGGCCUAGACUGUGGCUCUGGGCCUGCUGCCGCCAGGGAGGGGGCCAUGUGAGUGGGGAGCGAGGCCACCCUCCCUGCACCUGAGAAGCAGGCCCUUGACUCUC